AUGUCGAAACACGCUGCGGCCAGCGCCAAGGUCGUCACGAACCAGAUCGUAAAGCUCAUUGUCGGCGCGGGACAAGCUUCGCCUGCACCGCCCAUCGGUCCGGCACUUGGUUCUCGAGGUGUUAAAUCCAUGGAUUUUUGCCGUGAAUUCAACGCCCGAACAGCACACCUGGAAACCGGUACCCCGAUCCCCGUAAAAGUCACAGUCCGACCCGAUCGUUCCUACACCUUUGACGUCCGUACGCCGUCCACCAGUUAUUUAUUACUAAAAGCCGCGGGUGUGGAACCUAAGAAGGGGAAGAUAAAAGGGGCUAAACAACCGGGUCAUGAUGUCGUGGGGACGGUUAGUUUGAAACAUGUAUAUGAGAUCGGGAAGAUUAAACAGUCGGAUGAUAGGAUGAAGGGGAUUCCGUUGGAGAGCGUUUGUAGGAGUGUUUGUGGGACGGCGAAGAGUAUGGGGGUUAAGAUUGUGCCGUGA